GUGAAAUUAAUUAAAAGAAUAUAUAGAUUUUUGUAUUAAUAAAUAUUUCUUUGUGUUUUUAACAAAAUAUUAAUAACUUAAUAAAUGAUAUAAAAAAGGCUUUCCCUAACUAGCAGUAUAUUAAUACUUUUUAUUUUAUCAUUAUUUUUGCAGUAUUCAUAAGCAAGCAACACUUUUGCUGUAUUAAAUUGUAGAGCUAAUAAAUGCUUUGACGACUUUUAUGCUUGUCAUUCAGAUAAAGCUUGCUUAGAUUAAUAUAAUAGUUUGAAUAAAUGCAUGCAAAGUGAUUGUCUUUCUUCUAAUAAUAAGUAGAUAUAAUGCUAUAAUGAUUGUAAAAAUAGUAUUUCAAAUCCUCACCUCUCUUCAUAUAUUGCUUGCACAGAUAGAUUAUGCAGCAACGAAUCUUUCUUUAACACUUGCGGUGAUUUUUAUUAAAAUCUCCUGAGAGAAUAAAAUAAAAAUUCAUAAUCUUGGAAGAAUUUUUCAAGUGAAGUAAAUAAAUGUGUGUCUAAAGCUUGUGGAAGUUAUAAAUCUAAUAAGAAAGAGCUUUUACAUUGCUAGCUAAAAUAAACUGCUGAAUGCUCGAAAUACACUCUAAACUCCUUCAGACAUAUCAGCUUCUUAAAUAAUUUCUAUGAAUGCUCUUCAGAUGAAAUCGCUAGCAGUUUAGGAGAAGGAUAAGGUUUUGUAAGUAAAGUUCUAGGGAUUUUCGGUCUCUGAAAAAUAGAAGAAAUGAUUAUUAAUUUUAAUAUUUCUAAAAAAUGUAAAAUAUAUAUUUUAUUAUUGUAAAAAAAUAUUUUAUUUUUAAGUAUUUCUGUAGUUUUUUAUCACAAACAUAAACAAAUUAAUAAAG